AUGAAAGCUGAAACUGCCGAGGAGGUGGCUGCUGGUUUCCUGACAGGUCCCUACCGUUCCGAACGGGAGGUCAGUGAUCUGCUACAGACCGAUGACUGGUCUCUUUCGCCUCGCUUCCUCUUGAGGCAGGGGGAGGAUUCCAAGAUCCGGAUAAUCGACGACUUCAAGAUGUCAGCUGUGAACCGUGCAUUCGGUUCCUCGUCAUUCCUGGAGCUGCAGGACACUGAUUACGCGGUAGGCCUUUUAAGGUUCCUCUCCCGAGUGCUCCAAGAUCGUUCCAAAGUGCGAGUGCCACUCUCGGACGGCACCACCCUGGAGGGCGAGUGGUCACGGGAGAAUGCUCAGCUGCCCUGCACUCUUGGGGAAGACGCUAGACUUGAGCAAGGCAUACCGUCAGGCGACUGGGAAUUCUACCUAGCCAAGAGCUUGCCCUUCGGGGCUGCGGCCAGCGUGUAUGGCUUUAACAAGAUCGCCUUGGGCAUUCUUCACAUCAUGAUCGUAAAAUUCUUUGCCAUCGCUACGGAUUUCUACGACGAUUACACAAUCUACGAGUUUAAACCAGCUGCUUCUUUGCUUGACAAAGUCUUGAUGCGACUGCUUGAUCUCCUAGGUUGGACUUAUGCCAAGGCAGGGCGAAAAUUUGUGGCCUUCGACUCCAAAGUCGUGACUUUAGGGGUUUCGCUUGGUCUGGGGGAACUCUGGAGCGGGGUUCUCACUGUGGAGAACAAGCCCGGCCGUCUUGAGAAGAUUUCUCAGAUGCUCCGCACCAUCGCUUCGGGGAAAGAUGUCUCCAGGUCAGAAGUCGCUUCCUUGCAUGGCCUGCUGAACUUUGCAGGUGGCUUGAUUCUAGGGUUCGAGUUGAAGCCCACAGCCAGAAUGCUUUCGCGAGCCUUGUCAGGACCUUUCCUUGGCAACACGCCUGAGCUGAAGCAGGCUUGUGCUUUAGCCUUGGACGUUAUCGCGCAGUGCCGACCGAAGAGGUGCCCAGCAUCGAUUUCCCCGCCGAUCAUCUUGUAUACCGAUGGGGCAUACGAGAAAGGAAUUGGGACUUGGGGAGCGGUCUUGAUCGACGAGCUCUGA